GCAGCGCCGAGAUUGAUUCACCUUCACCUGCAGAACUCCAGCUGACCCACGUAGGAAGCCAGGCAAGCUGUAAAACAUGAACGGAAGAGUGGAUUAUUUGGUCACUGAAGAAGAAAUCAAUCUUACCAGAGGACCCUCAGGGCUGGGCUUCAACAUCGUCGGUGGGACAGAUCAGCAGUAUGUCUCCAACGACAGUGGCAUCUACGUCAGCCGCAUCAAAGAAAAUGGGGCUGCGGCCCUGGAUGGGCGGCUCCAGGAGGGUGAUAAGAUCCUUUCGGUAAAUGGCCAAGACCUAAAGAACCUGCUGCACCAAGAUGCUGUAGACCUCUUUCGUAAUGCAGGCUAUGCUGUGUCUCUGAGAGUGCAGCACAGGUUACAGGUGCAGAAUGGACCUGUAGGACAUCGAGGUGAAGGGGACCCAAGUGGUAUUCCCAUAUUUAUGGUGCUGGUGCCACUGUUUGCCCUCACUGUGGUAGCAGCAUGGGCUUUCAUGAGAUACCGGCGACAACUUUGAAAAACUUGUUCUCUUUCAGUGCUCCCAAUGAAGAUAACAUUUCACUCACCCCUGCUAUGCUGCCAUGUCUUUCCCUUUGUGUAGCCAGCACAUGAUUUGAAGUGACUGAUACCCACCCCAAACCUUGCUGUUCAGAAUCUCCAAUUCUUCAUAUCCUAAUGGGAAAGUAAAGGUAUUGUUUGAAGGAAAACUGAAGAAAACACUUGCUUAGAACAAAGGAGAAGUUACGUAUUUUACUAGGACUUUCAAUAGAAAUUCAGCUAUAACCCAAAGAGAGAAAGAUUCAGUCUUCCUCUCACCAUAGGCGAUACCUCUUUUCUUAGCUGGCAUCACAUAAAGGCCAGCUAUGUAAUAUUAGAGGAAGAAGGGAUUUUUCUUUUUAAUGAUCUUCCUUGGGAAAUUAUUAUGGCCUUUAUUUAAUUUCUAACUACAUACCUGGGUGCCUAUAUCAGACAAGGAGAGUGAGAAGAGCAUUUUUACUUUUUUUAAAAAGCAAAUACAUACAUACACAUACAUAUGCAAAUAUUAUAGUAUAAUAUUGAUAGCCAUGGAGAACUAAAGAGCUCAUGAGAAAGCUACUUUGUGGUUUCUAGGUUUCUGAUAAAAGGGAUGAUCUUAACUGAAGAAUUUAAAGAGAUACAGAGCAAAUGUAAUAGGCGCAAGGGAGUGAGCCUUAUAAGAGGAUGUUGUAAGUCUCAUUUAUUAAAAAAACCACUGAGGCUGGGUGUGGUGGCUCGUGCCCGUAAAUCCCAGCACUUUGGGAGGCUGAAGUGGGAGAUUGCUUGAGUCCAGGCGUUCAAGACCAGCCUGGGCAACAUAGCGAAACUUCAUCUCUACUUAAAAAAAAUAAAUAAAUAACUGAAGCGACUAAUUAAAAAUCUUAUUAGAAGAACAAUAUUUCUAAUAAUAACUGACUACAGUGAGUUAUCAUAAGAUAAAUUGUCAUAAUCUAGCGAGACUCAUAUCUAAGAAACUUUGAGGUGUAAAGGUAAAUCUUACAUAUCUCUGGGCUGCUCUAGUGACUUUUUUGAUAUCUCACAGUCUUGUUAAAGAACUAGGUGGGGCUGGGCAUCGUGGCUCAUGCCUGUAAUCCCAGCACUUGGGGAAGCUGAGGCAGGCAUAUCACAAGGUCAGGAGAUAAGACAAUUCUGGCUAAUACAGUGAAAUCCAUCUCUACUAAAACAAAACAUUAACUGGGCAUGGUGGCAGACACCUGUAGUCCCAGCUGCUCGGGAGGCUGAGGCAGGAGAAUCGCUUGAACCCAAGAGGCAGAGGUUGCAGUGAGCUAAGGUCGUGCCACUGUACUCCAGCCUGGGCGACAGAGCAAGACUCCAUCUCAAAAAAAAAAAAAGAACCAGGUGGAAGGAUUGUGGUAAGGGCUAUAGUGCUGGAGUCAACUCCAGUAAGAAAACUCUAAAAGGACAAAUGAUAAGGUAGUGCCUCCAAGGUGGUACCUGAAUUCUCUCAGGCUGUCUUUGGUUUCUAGUAACAAACCUGAGAGAAGAAACUGCCUCCCUGGCAAGAUGGGUGUCACAUCAACUCUGCUUCUGAUUUAGUUAAAAUGAGAGGGCAUGGAUUGCUAGUAUUUUUGAAAAGCUCUAUACACUACAUAUGGCUAAACCUUUUUGCAGCAAGAGGGAGGAAGAGAGUUUUGUUUGCUUUAGGAGGUAGGGAAAUUUGAUACGUGUUUCAUGUAGCCUAGGAGGAGGAUAUGAAUAAAUGGAUAUUACAGAAUGCCAGUGAUAUCAAUAAGGUGGGAACCGUCCUGUUCAUGUUCUUUUAAGGCUGGUUUUAAGCACUAUGGGUAGCUGAAUUUUCUUAAGAAAAUAAUUUCCAUUAUCCAAAUAUAUUGGCCUACUAUAGGCCUUAUAUAAUUUUGAUAGCAAGAUUAUGAGGACUCAGUCAAUCAGUUAUAUUUCAUUUCUAGCUUUGGACAGUCUAGUAAUUAAACAAAUGUUGAUUGGACAUCAGCUUUGUCAAGACACUUUUACAAAGAAGUGCAGUGUGUAUCCUCCAUCCCAUAGGGCUUUUGGGAUCUAACUGGGAAGAGAACACUCUUAUUGGCCACAUAGGAAAGACAGUGUAAGUAGGGGUCAUGUUUAUAUUACAGACAGCAAAAGAGAAAAGUUACUGAGAACUGGGGCAUUUGAGAAAGUUACGUGGAGGAAAGGGACAAGUCAAAGACCCUUGAGGAGCUCAAGUUAAGGCUAGUUAAGAGAAUUCAUAAAUAGGUGAGAAGUUAGGUAACCUUUGAAAACAGUUAUAAAAGGAUACCAUACAAAACACAAUGCAGCAACAAAGAAGAUAUACAGACAAUCAUCACAUUUUCUUUUAGGAAUUCAGGGAAAAAAAGAUGUCACACAAUGGCAUCAGGCUAGAUUGGAAAGGGAAGGCUUUUAAAGGUCCAGUAAGACCUUGCCUCUGGGUCAACUACUGGUAUAAGGAGGAACUUGCUUUAAACAGUCCUGACAAAGUGCCUUUUGACCUAAUGCCUUUGAGACUCACUUAGACAACCGGACUCAUUGUAGGUUCCACAGGAAAACACUGACAGUAUUCUAGAUCUUACUCCAACCAGCCACACUGGCAGGGCGCAGCCUCGUACCCUUCCUAUUUCUGAAGGUAUGUAUAGUGGCUUCUGCAGCAAAACUGCUUACCUCCCAGGAUCACUUCAUGGUUUGGACAAACAGGAAUGAAAGCUCUAGUUUUUUGCUUGUUGGUAUAUGUAAAUUUUUUUUAAAAGUAUCCUCUUCCAUCAUCGGUAGAAGUUUUGCUUUCAUUGAUAAUAGGGAUUCUGAUGUACUCUUAUAACUUAGGUUUUCUCAGAAAUUAAAUAGCAUUUAAGAUCAGUGUAAUACAGUUUUAAGCAUUACACUGAUUAUACUGUUGAUUCUGUAGAAAACUAAAAUUAUACAUGAGGUAUCAGAAUCCAUUAUAGGUUGUAAAAAAAUUUAUGUUCUUUAUAUAUUGAGUCUAAUACUUCUUCUACAGAUUGUAUCUAAUGUUUCUGCUACCUAAAUUAUUACACUCAAAGUUUUGAAAAUUGAAAAAAGAUAUUUUUAAGUACUUAAAACAUUUCUCUAUAUUUAUCACUCUGUAUUACGUAUAUAAAAUAAGAUUGUUUGCUUCAACUAUCUGUACUUUCUUUUCCUGUGAAGUUUUAACUUCAUGUAUUAUUGAAUUAUUAAUAAUACAUGUAUUAAUGUAUUAUUGAUUUAACUUCAUGUAUUAAUGUAUUAUUGAUUUAACUUAAUUGUACCAUCUAGCCAUGUAUAAUGGAAAAAGGAAGUUAAUAUUUGUUAUUAUGUUCUGUGCCAGGGACUGGACCAAACUCUGAUUAGUACACUAUCACUAUGGCAUGCCUAGUUCAUGCCUCACAACUCUGGGAUCUAACUGUUGUCAGAAAGAGACUAAAGAUGAGAGAAUAAAUUACUUUGCUAGGAUGAUAUAGGUGGUGAUAAUAGAAUCAGAUUUAAACUCAGGACUUCACGUUCCAGCAUCAGUGAUAUUCUCUCACUGGUAGUGGUUUUCAAAGCUAGGACAAAAGCAUCAGCAUUACUGGGGAACUUGUCAGAAAAGCAAGUUCAUAGGCUGGGCAUGCUGGCUUAUGCCUGUAAUCCCUGCACUCUAAGAGGCCUAGGCAAGCAGGUCACUCAAGCUCAGGAGUUUGAGACCAGCCUGGACAAUGUGGCGAAACCCUGUCUUUACUAAAAGUCAAACGAAUUAACUAAGCAUGGUGGCCCACACCUGUAGGCCCAGCUACAUGGGAGGAUCACUUGAGCCCAGGAGAUUGAGGCUGCUGUGAGUCAUGAUUGUGCCACUUCACUCUAGCCUUAUAGCAAUAGAGUGAGACCUUGUCUCAAAAAAAAAAAAAAAAAAAAAAAAAGAAAAGAAAAGAAAAGCAAGUUCUCAGAAAAGAAAAGCAAGAUCCCAGACCUAGUCUGAGUGUGACAUCACAUCUGGCAAUCUGCGUUUUAGUAAUCCCUCCAGGUGACUGAUUGAUGCUAAAAUUUGAGAUUCAUUGCUCUAUGCCAAUCAUCAUUCUCUUUGCUUGGGUUAGAAUCAUCUGGAGAGCUUGUAAAUGUCCUCAUGCCCAGGCUACACACAGAUCAGUUAAAAGGAACCUCUGAGGGUGGGACUCAGGCAGCAGUAAAAUAAAGUUCAUUGGGUGAUUCUGGUGUGCAGCCUCAGUUGAAAAUGUUAUAUGGCAUUUAAACUCAGACACUAUUUCAGUUAUUAAAUGACAUACAUUGCUUCAGCCAAAAACAAAAACAAAAAACUUGGGCCUUUAGAGCCCAGCUUUCAGAGCUUCUGCACAAAGUAGAACAUUCAUUUCCUCCGGAUUUGCUAAGGAUUGAUCAACCUCCAGCAAAAUGUAUGAUUAGUGAGUGUUUCAGUUUGUGCUUCUAUUAACUGAGAACCAAUCAUAGAACGUUGAACCUAAAAAGGACCAGAGAGAUUCUAGGAUGAAUCUGUCUUGGAGAUGAGAAAAAUCCAGGCUCAGAGAGGGAAGCUAACUUAACUCUGAUCAGACUUAGUCUGCUGCAGAGGUCACCUUUCGGUCUGAUAUUUAUGUCUUGAAUAUAUUCCCUAGAUGAAUACACAAACUAUCCAUUUUAUCUUAGUCUACUUCAGUCUUCUCUCUUUGGGCCUGAAUAAAGACGAGGAGAACUGAUAGACAGCUAAAGGAUAUUGCAAGCAUGAUUAUUGGAAUUGGGAGAUUCCACAGAACAAUCUGAGAAUGAUCUCAUAUCAAAUACAGAUGAGUUAUUCUGAGACUAAUUCCAAUAGUUUUAAAGUAGAGACGAGUUUUUUGUGGUGGACAUUGUUUUUAUCGUGUAAAUAAGCAAUUUUUAAAAUACAUUUAAAGAAAUGAAAGAGCAUAAGAGCCAUCUAGGCUGUCAAGUAUGUGGGGAAGUGGAGUUCACAUAGUUUCAUGUGGAGCCCAUAAAGAUUUUAUUAUAGUCAAUUUUAGUGAAAUUUAUCCUUGGUCAGAUGAGGGUUUUGUCCUUCAUUCAGCAAAUAGUUAAUGAGUGCAUACUAUGUGCUAGGUGCUGAAGAUACAGAGAUAAAUAAGACUUAGUCACUCUAAGCUGAAACUGCUCAGCAUAUGAAAGUGAAGGAAUAUUUGUAGGUGAUUUUCAUGUUAAAGUAUUUUUCUAACGUCACCUAGAAGAUUGAGAUAUGAAGCUCUCUACCUCUCACCUACAAUAGUUUUAGAGUUGGCUGCUAUUUUGGUGUAAGUCCCUUUUGCUGUUCCUCUUUUAACUGUAUAUCUUUUUGAGACCAGCACUCACAUCCAAAAGGGCAAUUGUAAUAAAAAAGAAGACAGUAUUUUAAGGAAUUCUGAUCGGAACCAGAUUUUUAACUGCCAUAGACUCUUGUAUGAUGUUAUUUAUAUACAGAACACAAAGUACUUGAUUAGCUUAACUGAUGUACUUGAUACUAGAAAACCUAUAUUAAAAGAAAGUAUUCCUCCUCCUAAGGAAUCAAGCACACACGAGCUCCUGUUUCCAAGUUUUCCUCACUCUUCAUGUUCUCUUUGUUUUUGUGGGGGGCGGGGGGUGCUGGAAUGAAAGGGGUGAGAGCUAAAGUAUGUUUUCAUUGCAAGUUAAUUAUUAACCACCAGUAAUUCACAAAAUUAUAUUUGCUGUAAUCAUUAAAUUUAGUGACUAAUCCCAGGAACAAGGGUUAGUCCUUCUUCAUAGUUUGUAGAUUUGCAAAUGGAGAUUGAAUCUUAUUUUAAUCUUUUAUCUGUAAUGUAAUAUGGGCUUCUUAUUACUGGAUAUAUUUGCAUUUUAUCUCCAGGACAUGUUAGUUCUUAGAAGAUUAUUUUCUUCAUAAACCCUAUUAAAAAAUUUUUUUUAGUUUUAUUUUUGAGACAGAGUUUUGCUCUUGUUGCCCAGGCUAGAGUGCAAUGGCAUGAUCUUGGCUCACCACAGCCUCCGCCUCCCAGGUUCAAGCAAUUCUCCUGCCUAAACCUCAUGAGUAGCUGGGAUUACAGGCAUGUGCCACCAUGCCCAGCUAAUUUUGUAGAGAUGGGAGUUCUCCAUGUUGGUCAGGCUGGUCUCAAACUCCUGACUUCAGGUAAUCUGCCUGCCUCAGCCUCCCAAAAUGCUAGGAUUACAGGUGUAAUCCACUGCACCAGCCACCUUAUUUUGUUUUGCUUACUUUCUGCUUUGAUUCUAAUGUCACAUUGCAUAACUGGAUAUAAACAGCAGUCAGUUUCUCACAUCAAAUAGAGCCCUGUAGCGACUUCAAAGACACAGAAGACACAUGGUCAUAAAACUGUGUAUAUUAUCCAGGGAAUAUCACUACAGAUUAAAUAUAUUAAUGAGGCCAUCAAAAUCUGUGGUAAUCUCUCAGGCUUUGCUAUUUGGUACCACAUACAGCUAAUGAGAUAAUAAUGUGUCUAAUUGUGCUUAGCCAUUAUUGGCAUUUAAUAAACCUUUGUCAUUGAAUUUUACAAUCUUUUUUCACCUUAUUUUGGAAAUGGUUGAUUAAAUAUCUCCUUUAUUUUCUGCCAGAUGAGGGAUUUUUCCUUCAUUCAGCGAAUAUCUAAUGAGUGCUUACUGUGUACUAGAUGUUCUUAGGGUAUUGCAUAUAUAAUAUUUAUUUAAGCCUCAAAACAGCUCUUAAGAUAACUGCCUUUGUUAUCUUCAUGUUAUAGAUAAGAGGCAUAGAGAGGUUAAGUAGCUUGUCCAAGUUACACAGCAACUAAGUGCCGAAGCUGUGAUUUAAACCCAGGCAAUCUGGCUUCAGAACCUGCAUUCAUAACUAUAACACUUUACUGUCUCUACUUCUCAUGGUGCCAGGCACUGUGUUAGGCUGCCCUUUUGUAUGACUUAAUGCCAAAUUCUCAUAUCUAUGCAAGGCAGUAUCAAUAUUCCCAUUUUUGUAGGAGAGGUAACUUGAUUCUUAAAGAAGUUAAUAAUUUGCUCAAGAUACAUAGCCAGUCACUGCCAGACCUGGAAUUUUACUUCAACCAGUGAGGAGUCCACUGCCCUUCCACUAUUCUGGAAAAUUAAGGUUUUUAUACUCAAUUUGAUUCAACCAUGCUAUCACAUCCUUCCAUUAUGGAUAAUAGGAAAUUGACUGCACUAGGUUAAAUCUAUUAUAGCAGGAGCAGUAUCAUUCUGUAUUUAUUCAUAAUGUUUGAGAGCAAUGGCCAACAUUCAUUAUUUUACUUGUGUCCCCAUUCAUCCCCCAAAGCCUUAUAAAGACACACAGAAGGCAGAAGUGGGUUUGUGCCACAGGAUGAAUAAGGACUUGUCAGAACUGAAUAUUCUGACUUUUAUUCAAAGUCAGUUUGCAUAUAGCUGACUUUGAUACGAAGAGAAAAGGUAGUUUACAUUGGUGGUUAUUGCUCUGUCACCCAUGUUAAGCAGUUCAGGCCUGAAGUCAAAUUGCUCGUGGCUUCAAACAGUAAUAAUUUUGUAAAAGAUUCUUUCAAUUGACUAUUUCCUCUGUGGGAUCCCUCAUACACAUGCAGCCAUCUAAUGGCUGGGGGUUAGGGUAGUUCAGUAUUACUUCUCUCAUGUCUGGCAGUUGGUGCUGGCUCUUGACUAGGGUGCCUUGGUUCAUCUUCCAGUAGAUGAGAUUGGGCUUCCGCCCAGCAUUGGGAGAUCUCAGGGAAGUGUUCCAAGAAGGCAAGCCCCAGUGUGAAUACACUUUUCAAUCCUUUGCAUUUGCUGCAUUGUCUAAUGUCUUACUGGCCAGAGCAAGUCAUGACCAAGCCCAGAGUCAUUGUCAAAGGGGACUUCAACUCUACCUCUUAAUGGGGCUAGUGCAAAGACUUUGUGGGCAUUUUUAACCCACCACAGAAAGAAACCAGACUUAGUAAAGAACAGGGGUCAGCAAACUUUUUCUUAGAGAGACAGAGGUUACAUAUUUUAUGUAACCUUAGGUCUUUAUAGUUGUAGCAUAAAAGCAACCACAGACAACAAAUAAGCAAAGGGUGUGACUUUGUUCCAGUGAAACUUUAUUUACAAAAAUAAGAGGCCCUGUCAGACUAUAGUUUGAUACUAUUGUUGAGAUACAUACACCUUUAGGAGUAAAAAUGAUAGAAGAAUGCUCCCAAAUGUUGACUCCUUUGAAUCCCAAAUUGAAGAACAGUAACACGUUUCCUAGGAAUGGCUCUUUUAAAAAAUCUCCAGUCCUCCAAGAAAGAGAAGCCAGGGAAAGUCCAACAAAAGUUUCCCAUGGUGUAAUUUUGGAAAUGAGUUGAACGGUAACUUGGACAUCAUUAGACUUGAUUGAGCCCUCAUUAUGGCCAGGACACAAUUCAAGAUCAGUUACUCAUAUAAAAAUACUACUAGCUGUACUGAGUACUUACUUUAUAAAAGUUAUUUAAUGCUUCAAGUAAGCCUAUUCGGUCAAAACUCUUUCCCUUAUUUUAAAGAUGGAUUAUAGAACUUCAGAGGUGUGAAAUUACUGUCCCUAGGUAAUAGGUUUUUUAAAAAGUCAAGAUUUGAAGCCAGAGCCAGAACUUUUUCUGUGCUCUUUCUACAUUACCAUAUUAUCUUUGCCUUUUGGAGUUAAUUUUUUUUUUUUUUUUGAGAUGUAGUUUCACUGUCACCCAGGCUGGAGUACAGUGGCUUACUACAACCUCCGCCUCCCAGGUUCAAGCGAUUCUCCUGCCUCAGCCAGGUAGCUGGGAUUGCAGGUGUGCACCAUCACACCCAGCUGAUUUUUGUAUUUUUAAUAGAGAUGGCAUUUCACCAUGUUGACUAGGCUGGUCUUCAAUUCCUGACCUCAAGUGAUGUGUCUGCCUCAGCCUCCCAAAGUGCUAGGAUUACAGGCACAAGCCACCGCAACCAGCUGGAUUUAAUUUAAGAAGGAAAUUAAAUGUAGAAUAAUUUAUUCAUGGGAAAGUUAUUUGGCAGUAGUCACAAAAACAUAUCUCUUCAGGUGCAGGUAGAAGAUAGAGAAUGAGAAAGCAUUGGUAUUUUCUCCUAUUAUAAAAUAUUGUGUAUUAAACGAAGUUUGACCAGGUGUGGUGGCUCAUGCCUAUAAUCCCAGCUCUUUGGGAGGCCCAGGCGGGUAGAUCACUUGAGUGCAGGAGUUUGAGACGAGCCUGGACAACAUGGCAAAACCCCAUCUCAAUUUUGCAAAAAAAAAUGUAAACAUUUGCCAGAUGUGGUGGUGUGCCCUUGUAGUCCUUGAUACUUGGGAGGCUGAGGUGGGAGGAUCACUUGAGCCUGGGAGGUUGAGGCUGCAAGCCAUGAUCGCGCCACUGUGCUCCAGCCUGGGUGACAGAGUGAGACAUUGUCUCAAAAAAAGAAGAAAAUUUUGAGGUAUAGUAAGGACAAAGAUCAGGAUUGCCAUUGAAAAGACAAUUUGUGCCAGCUGCGGUGGCUCACACCUGUAAUCCCAGCACUUUGGGAGGCUGUGGAAGGGAGAUCACUUGAGGUCAAGGUUCGAGACCAGCCUGGCCAACAUGGUGAAACUCCUUGUCUAUUAAAAAUACAAAAUUUAGCCAGGUGUGGUGGCAGAUGUCUGUAAUCCCAGCUACUUGGGAGACUGAGGCAGGAGAAUUGCUUGAACCCAGGCUACUGCACUGCAGUCGGGGUGACAGAGUGAAACUUUAUGUCUCAAAAAAAAAAAAAAAAAAAAAAACCAAAAAACAAUUUGUUAUAGCUCCUAAGAGAAGGGGACACACCAUGCCAGAGGGAGCCAUGCACUAGGGAGCCACAGGGAUCAGGAGGCAGAAGAAGCAGGAAGAACUGUGGGCAAGAACCUUCCUGUGGUUUUCAUGGGAAGGAACAGGUGAGGCAGGGUGAGCAGGUUGAGGAUUGGCUAGUUUGAAUAAUUUUAGUGGGCUUUGUAGCAUAGGGGCUGUCCCUUGUUGUCUGGUACCUGGUCCUGAGAUGACUAGGACAAGUGGAUAAUGGCCUGAUAUGCAAGAGCUUGAAAAAGAGGUGGCUGGGGUAUGGGCUCUGGAUUGGUUGGUUUGUAUUUGAAAUGUGCACUCAUGAGUAAGUUGUAUGGUCUCCAAGAAUUGGCUAACCCUGGGAGAAGCAGUCCCUCUAGGGUCAGCAAGACCCCAGUUGUCACAGCAUCAGAAUACAAAAAUAAAAUACGUGAUCAAUACACUACCACUACUACCUUAGUAGGUUCUUUGUUCCUCUGAUUUCUGUCUUGACUCCCAAAUUAUGGAAAUAACAGGCAAGAACAAGAAAGAAAGCAAAACAACAAAGAUCCAAGCAACUAAAACAUGUUACUAAAUCCAUGCACAGAAAGUUCUUAAUUUUAUUUUAUAUACCUUUCUAAGGCGGUUGGUUAGCUGAUUUCUGAGCCCAUCAUAAAUUAGUUAAAGUAAUAGCUACUGCCUAGCACUGCAUGUACAGGUCUGAUAGUAAUACCUGCCAGUGCCCUAAGCAGUUAGGAGUAAUUCUUCCAUAUCACAAUUUUCAUCUAUCCUCAACCACAGUGGAACUGCAUUUCAAACCGUGUACGUUAGUUCAGUGGUUAACUAGGAUAGAAAAGUGGUUUUAAACUAGCUUUGCUGGACAGCAACUGCCAGCUAAAGCACAGGCUGCUGAUCUGUCCUAAUUGUGUCUGUAGCCAUAUCAAAUGAUCCUGGGUAUCUAGUAGUCCUUGGGCCUAUUAACUUCAAUGACCUGCUUGCGUUGAGCAUUUUAUUCUGUCUUCCACUGACUGUUAUCACCUGCUCACUGUUACCACCUGCUCCACUGACUGUUAUGAACUGCUCACAUCUUAAAUCCUAGUCCAAACCACUGUCUGAUUUUCCUUGGACUGUGUCCUCUUCACUCUCCACUGGGCCUCUGUUCACUUUUUGCUCCAGGCUAUCUAAAGAGAGCCUGGUUAAAAAACAAAAACAUAAAUGUCAAUCAUGUCUCUCCCCUGCCUGGAAAUCACUUAGAAGUUCCCCAUUGCUCUUAAGAUUCAGUCCAGAAUACUUGGCAUGACCUAUUAGGGAAGACAUUGAAUGCCCUAGUUCCUGCCUACUUCUCCAGACUUACUUCAUUUCUCUCUCUACAGUUUCUGUGAUCCCUAUCUUCUCUGGUCUUUCAGAGCACUCAAAAAUGCCACACUCCUUACCUCAGGACCUUCCUGCAAACUCUGAACUGUGUGUCUUCUGUCCCUCUUAUUUUCUAGCUAAAUUAUCAGCUUAGUGUCAGGCCCUUCUCUUCUCAAGCUUGUCUGGUCCUGAGGGCACAUUAGACUUGGUUCCCUAAAUACAUCCUUCCUUCUGUUCCUGGUUACACUCCAGAGGCUUCUCCCUGCAGCCCAGUCUGCAUCUCUGCAGAAUCCUCCACACUUGAACCCUCUGACAUCCAAUUGCAUCAAUCAUUCCAUUCUAAUACCAAGUACUUGCUCAUUUACAUUUGUUUUCAAAUGAUUUCUGUGAUUUUUUUCUGAAUUUUAUAAUUUUUGUUUUGUUUUUACGGAGAUGAGGUCUCACUAUAUUGUCCAGGCCGGUCUCAAAUUCCUGGACUCAAGCAAUCCUCCCACCUCGACCUCCCAGUGUGCUGGGAUUACAGGCUGCUCAGCCUCCCAGUGUGCUGGGAUUACAGGCAUAAGCCACCACGCCUGGUCGCUUUUCUCAUUAUUGCUCUAGUCUCUAAUCCUUCCCCUUGGGUUUCUAAAUUUUUCCUGGACAUUGGCCCUGGAGCUUCACAGAAGGUGAUUUUUUCUGAAGGACACUCAAAAAAUUGCAUCCAGAGAGGACAUAAAGGACAGGCCAUCAGAACUGAAAUCUGGGCAGAGCUUGGUAGCUUAGUAGAUUUAAUGGCAUUAUGAAAGCAAACAAAGAUUCACAAAGUAACUAAGCUUUCCAUACCAUAGCCAUGAAUUCUGGCCAUAAUUCUUUUUUUUUUCUUCCUGAGACGGAGUCCUGCUUUGUCACCCAGGCUGGAGUGCAGUGGCACAACUUCAGCUCACUGCAGCCAACUCCUGGGUUCAAUUGAUUCUCCUGCCUCAGCCUCCCGAGUAGCACCCACGACCAUGCCUGGCUGUAAAACUCUAUAGACAUUUUCCUACAUCUUCACUACAUAAAACAUCAGCCUACUGGAUACUAGUCCAGCAAAACUACUAGUAGUAGCUAAUAAUGGGUUAAAUCAUAUACAUAUAUUCAUAAUAAUGCUAUAGUCAAUAAUAUUACACUACUUGGGAAGCUGAGGUGGGAAGGUGCCUGCCACCAUGGCUGGCUAAUUUUUGUAGUUUUAGUAGAGACAGGGUUUCACCAUGUUGGCCAGGCUGGUCUUGAACUCUGACCUCAGGUGAUCCACCUGUCUCAGCCUCCCAAAGUGCUGGGAUUACAGGUGUGAGCCACUGUGCCUGGCCAGUUUUAGAAUUUAGGUUAAAUUUUAGAAUUUAGGUUAAUUCUAAAACCUAACUUCGGGACUAAAGUUCUCAAGAAGACUGGUGUUUUUGUUUUUGUUUUAUAACAUUGUUCCUAUGUACUUGCAUGAGUUAAAAUCUGGUAGAGCAGAUACUGGAGGAUAAUAUAACUUGCCUGGACAUCAAGCACAUACCAGUCCUCAGGGACUGGCAUAGAUUGUGGAGAUGUCCCAUUCCAGGAAUAUAUAUUUUUUUGGUGUCUUAUAAAUGUGACAGUUAAGAUAGCUGAGUCAGCAUUUUAACUGAUUAUUAACAGUGGAAACAGAUGGAAUUUGAGUUAUAUUUCUGGAAAGGCAACAGAUUCCAUACUGACAAGAAAUUUUGUGUUCACUUUUUGUGAGAAUUGUAAAAUGAUGACAAAUAUCACUUAUUCUGAUUUAAUAGAUGGAAAAACUGGGGUAUACAGUAGUGAUACUUAAGAAGAGCACUAUGCAUAAACAAUGAAAUUUACCACCUAUAUAGUAUGAUUUGAUAGGUGCUUACAUUCCUCGGUGUCACGGAUUUUGUCCCCUGACCAUCUGCCAGCAUACCUGUAAUCACUACAUACCCCUUCAGGGCCAUCUCAAGGUUCUCAAUAAAUGCUUAUUUGAGUGACUGAACAAACAAGAGACUAAAGACACAAAGUCACUUAAAUUGGAUCUAUGCCUUAUCUGAAAAGUAUAAGAUUAUUGACUCUAGCAUUAUUUUAAAUAUAUAUAUGAUUUAACCCAUUAUUAGCUACUACUUAGGUGCAGGGCUUUGGUGGGGCAGUAUCCAGUAGGCUGAUGUUUUAUGUAGUGAAGAUGUAGGAAAAUGUCUAGAGUUUUAGAGCAGUACCUUUGGCUUCUAGGAUCUUAGGGAAAGUAGGAGAUGUGAUACAAUUAACUAACCUGGAUGCCACAUGAGGUUUAUUUAUUUUUUUUGAAACAGGGUCUAGUUCUGUCACCUAGGCUGCAGUGCAGUGGCAUGAUCAUGGCUCACUGCAGCCUGGACCUCCUGGGCUCAAGUGAUCUUCGCACCUCAGCUUUCCAAGAAGCUGAGACUACAGGCAUGCACUACUAUGCCUGGCUAAUUUUUUAAAUUAUUAUUUAUAAAGAUGGGGUCUUACUUUGUUGCUCAGGCUGCUCUUGAACUUCUGUGCUCAAACGACCCUCCAGCCUCAGCUUCCCAAAGUGCAGGUAUUACAGGUGUGAACCACCAUGACUGGUCUGUAUGAAUUUUGAAAUAUCAAAGGGAAGUGAAUAAGGAGGGAAAGAUGCACCAUUCCUGGGUUUCUGGAGGUACUGAAAUACAGGUUGAUGUGUAGAGUGGCUGGAGCAAACUCCUAUUCCAUUUCCCUGCUUCAAAAACCCAUUUUUCUGUCUCAAAAAAAAAAAAAAAACCCUCCAUUUAAUAUGUUUUCCUUGGAUAGAGGAUGUGUCAGAUAUUAAACUGAUAAGAACAGAUACUACACUUGAUCUUAGCCAAAAGGGUAAGUUUCAUUGGAGUAGCCUGCAGUAGAUCUGGAGUUCCUCCUCUGGAGACCACUUAGAGGGCUACUUUAAUAGGUGAAAAGAUGAUAAGGAAUUAAGAAAGGAACAUUUCAGUGGUAACAGAGAGGCAGGGACAGAUGGAAAGAUUUCAGGAAGAGCAUGGAAGAUAAUAUUCCGCAUUACCUGGACUCUGAUUCACUCUGGCAAAAGGGACACAUGGGAGAUCAGUUUCCUGUUAUCACAGUACUUCAGACACAUUUUUUUCUGUGCCCGUGAAAUCGCCAGUGUCUUUAAGGUAAGGCUCAUAUAUUUUUAUCUCAGUGUUCCUGGAAUCCUUUCAAUGACAUGCCAAAAGGUUACCUGUAUGGUUGCUGAAUCAUUGGAAAAUGGACAUUCAUAAAUGGCUAAAGAUUAUAGGUUAACUUGUAGUAAAAUCAUUAGCGUUAAAGGUUAAGUAAUGACUGAUAAAACACUACACUGAUUACAUUUCUUUCUUUUUUCUUUUUUUUUUUUGAGACGGAGUUUCGCUGUUGUUACCCAGACUGGAAUGCAAUGGCACGAUCUUGGCUCACCGCAGCCUCCGCCUUCUGGGUUCAAGCAAUUCUCCUGCCUCAGCCUUCCGAGUAGCUGGGACUAUAGGCGUGCACCACCAUGCCCAGCUAAUUUUUGUAUUUUUAGUAGAGAAGGGGGUUUCACCUUGUUGACCAGGAUGGUUUCGAUCUCUUGACCUCGUGAUCCACCUGCCUCGGCCUCCCAAAGUGCUGGGAUUAUAGGCUUGAGCCACCGCGCCCGGCCUACACUGAUUACAUUUCAACCUAAUCUUUCUAGCGAUUUAAAAGUCUCCAUAAAACUGGUAAAUUCCUCAUCCCACAAAUUGCCAGAGACUGGAAUACUAGCUUCGAAAUACUUUUUUCCUUAGCUGAUUUUAUCGAGUUACUAUAUGCCUAAGAGAGUGUUCUAAGAAGACGUUAGUCGGGACCCAGAACAUGGGAAAUACUGGUUUCUAUAUCAAUUUGACGGUGGUCCUGAACUGAUUACAAUCUCUGAAUCCCAAUUGCACGCCAACGUUACGGAACCAAGAACGCUGACUCCCGUAUUUCUGGGCGGACACACAAGUUUGUUACGAUGGCUCGAUUGCUUUUGCCUGGCGGAAACCAAACCGUGAGGUCCGAGCACCAAACGACCAAGGACAGGAAGUGAGUCCAGGUCGUGCUCGUCUUGGUGAGAGCUUGGGCCGCUGAGAUUUCGGAGUCUGCGCUGGGCCCGCUUGGGGCUCUUAGUGGAUGGAAAAGUUCAGUCAUGUUUGCACCCGCGGUGAUACGUGCUUUGCGCAAGAACAAGACUCUCCGCUACGGAGUCCCUAUGUUGGUGAAUAGAUUGCUGAUUGUUGGAGGUUCUUUUGGUCUUCGUGAGUUUUCUCAAAUACGAUACGAUGCUGUGAAGAGUAAACUUGAUCCUGAGUUCGAAAAAAGACUGAGAGCGAAUAAAAUAACUUUAGAAUCAGAAUAUGAG